UUAAGAACACGUAACUGGAUGUUUCUCCCGAAACAUGGCUGAAUAUCGUUUCGCUUAUGUAGUGAAAUUUUAUGUAAAAAAGCAUUGAAAAGCUAUUUUGGGCCCAAAACCGUUUCACAUCCGGAGACACAAUGACUUCGAUACAUUUUGUGGUUCAUCCGCUGCCAGGAACUGACGACCAGCUAAACGAUCGAUUGAAAGAGGUGGCAGAGAAGAUUAACAGAUAUGGAUUUGUAACACCACCAGCGCUUAACGGAUUGAAGACUGCCGUUAAGCGUUUGGUCGUAGGACCUACUCAUAUUGCUCUUCUUAUGGAGGAUAAUAGAAUCUGUCGAGUUGCAUUCACAGUUCUAUACGACAGAUUGGAUUUAAGAAAAAGUGAACCCAACAGAAGCACAAGUAAAAGUCAUGUGGGAAAUUCGACUUCAACACCAAGUGGAAGUGGAGGCAGUGGAAGCGGAAGUCGAGCAGGUAUAUCCCGUUCCCGUGCCAGAAUAAUGCGAGGGAGUUCAGCUAUCCGAGGUGGAGGAAGUGCAAGUGCUGGUGGAAGCAGUGGAAGAAUUGGACCUCCAGGUGUAAUCAUGGGUGGCAGCAGCAGUAGCAGCAGUUCACGCCCCAUCGUUUCCGUGCCUGCUCCUUUUGUCCCAGAUGAUUUAAUUGCCCAAGCUCAAGUAGUAUUGCAAGGAAAGAGCCGAAACAUCAUAAUGCGAGAGUUACAGCGUACGAAUUUGGAUGUAAAUUUAGCAGUGAAUAAUUUGUUGUCACGGGACGACGAGGAGGGCGAUGACGCUGAAGAUGCAGCCGACAGUUAUGUACCCGAAGAUCUUAUAUCCCUACUCGACGGUGGAUUUAGCAACGAACAUUCUGUCAUCAUCGACGCAGAUUCUAUGUUCUCAGAGGACAUGUUCGGCUACGGAGGAAUACGAAGUCGCAGUGGUUCAUCACGUAGACUCGGCACUGAUCGGGAUGGAGAACGAUCAACUGAGCGUGAUCGAGACAGGGACAGUUUCAGUCGAUGGAGGGAUCGCCAGUAUUACGGACCCCGGCGAUGGCUAGAAACCGCUCUCAAGGACUCCUGGGAGAAAGAUCCUGACAGCAAGAAAAAGGAGCUGGCUUCUCAGAGUCCACUCUGGAUAUCUGAGGAGUUAGAGUGGUGGCACGAGCGAAGUGGGGAUCCAGCUCCCAAAUUCGUACAAAUAGCUGCUCUCUACAGUGAAUUGAUUGCUGUUUCCUCAACUGGACAGUUGUACCAGUGGAAAUGGGCCGAAUCAGAGCCCUUCAAACAUCCCGAAAACACUAACGUUCAUCAUCCCAAGACAAUACCUUUGGCUCUCGCUGGGGAAAAGAUAGUUAACAUCUCUGGGACUGCCAUACGUUGCUCCGUCAGCACAGAAAGUGGCAAAGUAGCAACCUGGUUGGACGAACUUCUCGCGCACGUAGCCUCUCGUUUAGAACAUCCUGCCCAAGCCUUCACGGAAUUCACCCUUGACAAGAUUGUCUCCCUUCACACGUGUGGACUCUACACUGUCGCAAAACUCGAGAGUGGCGCUCUUUACUGGUGGGGAGUCUUGCCCUUCGCCCAACGUAUGAAACUGUGGGAAAAGUAUAAAGCUAAGUCCCGGAAACACAGACCAUCAACAAUCCUAUCAACUGAAAUUAGUUACGGUACCCAUGUUUGUAUGAAGAACAGUCCUAUUUAUCAACCGGGAGCAAUAGGAUUCUCCAUUGCGAAUGGGGUUCCCAAAGUUGGACAAUUACUCUCGGCUGUCUGGAAUCUGGAUGCCAUAUGCAGAUUCAAAAUCCUGCCUCCAGGUACCUUGCCCACUGCUGUUCCAGCAGAGAAGAGGGAGUCCAAUGGAAAUAAUACCAACAGUGGAUCUAACACAAAGACAAUUCACAAGGAAACGGCUGAUCGAUUGGACAUGCCUCCUCCACCUUCACCCGCUUCCAGCACCUGCAGUGAUACCGGAAGCAUCACGACGAGUCACAAACGACAGAAAAGAAUGGCUCCCAAAAGCGAAGGCGAACCCGAGAGAAAGGAUGAGGAGGAUUGGCACUUGAAGGACGUGGUAUUCGUCGAGGACGUAAAAACUGUCCCCAUUGGUAAAGUCAUCAAAGUCGAUGGUUGCUACGUGGCCGUGAAAUUCUUCUCGAAGGACGCCAAGGAAAAGGAGAAAGAAAACAAAGAGAAAGACUUCAGCACUGCUGAUUUCAAGGACUUAACAGCAGAAGAACUCAUCAAGCUUCUUGCAGACUGCAGACUCCUGCGGAAGGAUGAAUUGCAAGUGAUUAAAUCAUCAAUGAACUCUCGUGCACCAGACUGCUUCCAGAGAACCCCAAGGCGAGUGAACAUUGCCGAGGGUUCAAACGAGAAUCUUCUCACUAUCGCCACUGAUGGUCAAGGAAUUCACGCGAUCUUGAAGAAUGGAUCAAAGCUCAGCUAUGUCGUUUACAAUCUAAGCACAGGAAGAUACGUGCAGGAUUGUUACAUUCCAUCAGACCUAAACUCCUUCCUGGGAUUACAACCCCAGAACAUCAGUCUAACAAGUGCUGGAGAAAAUACAGAAUGCUCGAUGAUACUUCGCGAUGGCAACAACACCAUCUACCCAAUCGCGAAGGAUUGCGCGGAGGCCAUUCGUGAUUCGAAUUGGCUUGACUUGGUUCCCGUUCUCUGUAUCGGUGCCUCAACCAUCCCCCUGCCGAAUAUUCCCUCAAUGAAUCUGAAAAACCAGGUUGCAGUUAUUGCUCUCGCCUUUGACAAUCUUCUACUUAUGCCCCGCAUUCUUAGAUGUGACUAUGAUGGUGUGAAGCAAGUCUUUGCUUCUUUGGAACAUGAUCCCAAAGGAUGUGUGGCUCAAAUGCAAGCACUUUUGGGUGAACGCUGCGAUGGUAAUCGGAAUAUUCUCCACGCUUGUGUCAACAUGUGUUCGCCAACCUCGAAUAAAGAAAACGACCAGGGAAUCGAAAGAGACUUGGUAUCAAAUGCAGUCGAUGCUAGUUCCGCUCCAAUUGAGGAACCCAUUCCAACCUUGAACUGGCCUCCAGAAGCCUUUGACAAUACAUCAGGCGAGGAAGAUAGCUUAUUGAGCAUUGGCACUGCCAGCAUAUCCAUGAUGAACAAAUCAGGAUCGGCAGCGAACAAUACCUAUAUCAUAGACUCGGUCGAGAGACGAAAUAAUGCUCUACUGAUUUUGAAAUACAUUUGUGAGAAUCCCGUGUUAGCACAGUAUUUGAAAGAUCUACUCUCUGCAAGAGAUGCUCAAGGCCAGACGCCUCUGAUGCUUGCAGUUUCUGUUCGUGCUUAUCACGCGGCGCUAAUUUUACUUGAUACUAUUCAACGAGUCGGUAAAGAUGGGAAGGAUUGCUCAUCUAUGAUUCUUCCGGGUGACGCGAAUCCAGAUUUGUCGCCUUUAUUUGUCACCUGCUGCAACGACACUUGUAGCUUCACCUGGACAGGAGCAGAGCACAUCAAUCAAGACAUUUUUGAGUGUAGAACUUGUGGCUUGACUGGUUCUUUGUGCUGUUGUACAGAAUGUGCUCGUGUCUGCCACAGAGGACACGACUGCAAAUUGAAAAAGACGUCUCCAACAGCCUAUUGUGACUGUUGGGAGAAAUGCAAGUGUAAGGCUCUGAUUGCUGGUCAUCAAGGUGCUCGUUAUGAUCUCUUGUGCCGUUUGGUGACCAGUACAGAUCUGGCUACGAAAAUUAACUCCAGGGGUGAAAGCAUCCUGCUCUUCCUUGUACAGACUGUUGGCAGACAGUCGAUAGAGCAACGCCAAUUUCGAAUAGCACCAAGACAACGAUCGACAUCAGCCAGUCGUAAAACCCCAUCAGCCGAUGGGAUUGGUGCUGAUUCAGAUCUGCCUGAUCACGAUUUAGAACCACCCCGCUUCAGCAGAAGAGCCCUCGAGAGAUUGUUAAACGACUGGUCUGCUGUUCAGUGUAUGAUAAUGUCAGGAGUUCACGAAAACCUGAGCGAUCAGCUGUUUGGCGAUCAAGGCAGUGGUUAUCGUCAAAGUGGAACGGCUCUUCUCGAUAAAUUCACCCAUUCUCUCCUCGUCAAAUGCAGCUCCGAGAUGCUGGAUACCUUGCUGACAACUCUCAUUCGAGAACUGCAAAACGAAUCGGUACCGGGUCGUCAGGAGGAAGCAACAAAUGUCGCGAGGCGUUUUGUUAGAUCCGUCGCGAGGAUAUUCGUGAUAUUUACCAUAGAGAUGGCACCGAAUACCAAUAAGAGAAGAAGUACUUCAACAAAGUCGACAACUUCUAGUACGACCCAAGCCUCACAACCUCUGCUGAAAUGUCGCAGAAUCUUUCAGGCUCUGAUUAAGUUGGCAGUUGAAGAAUUAUGUGAAACUGCUGAUUCUCUUAUCGCUCCUGUUCGAUUGGGAGUUGCAAGACCCACUGCUCCAUUCACUUUGACGAGCUCUGCUAUCGAAGUGAUUAAUGGAUCGGAAGAAUUGUUUUCGAUCGAGCCCCUGAUUCCUCAUAGUGGAUUAAGUUCUCAAAUUUUGGAAGCUGGGCUGCCCCAGCAGGGAAAUAAUAAUAUUACUAUCGCGAGGGAUGUUUCGGCGAUGGAUGAGACUGAAGGUGGCGAGGAAGUUCCAAUGGAUAUGGAUGGAGAUAUCAGUGAACAUGAAGAAUCGGGGGUCUCUGGAGCAGUUAGUGGACAGGCUUUGGGAGAAGUGGACAAUAAUGUGGGUGGUGUUGGUGAAGAACAGGCUGGAGAUGGAGAAUCUGAUGCGGAACUCGAUCUUUUGGCGGAGGCUGAAACUGAUUCUGAUUCGGAUGAUAAUCAUAGCAAUCAGGAUGCUGCAUCUGCACAAAGAAGUGUACAAACUGGAGCAACUGCCGGAUCGGAUGGUGGAAUGGGAUCUAUUCUACUUUUCCCUGAAGAGGAAUCUGGCGAAUCGAGUCAGCAGGAGGACGAUGAGAGUGAAGCUGGAGAAACUGAUGAGCAGGAUAAUGAAGAAUUCCAGAUUGGAGAUGAGCAACUCGAGCGCAGAAGUGGCUCAUCUGGUAACUUACAACGAAAUAACCUAGCUCCCGUUUCGAUGCAAUGGGCAAUAAGAAAUCGGGAAUCGAGUACGCGCACUGCCGGUUUGAGAGUAACCGGAGGAAGUAAUUUAGUAUUUAUCGAUCCUUCAUCUCUCAGACGUUCCACAACGGCUUCUACAGUAGCAGCAGCACAGGAACCUAUUACAAUGGGAACUACUGCCAGUUGUCUAGCUCGAGCCUUUGGAAUUGUUAUUAGGCAAAUUGCUGAUCUCUUGACGCUUAUGCAAGAUUAUAAAACGAACGCACCUACUUUACCAAGACUAAUGGAGAUCACCUAUCAAGAUGCUGUCAACUUACAGAUGUACCUGGAAGGUCAUUUGAAACCAACUUGGGAUUGGUUAUUAACAGUGAUGGAUGCCACUGAGGCCCAGUUGCGAUUUGGAGUUUCGCUGACGCGAAGUGCUGAUCCAACUCAUCCAGAACAUCCACUAAACAAUGCUCCAUCACUCUCCAGUGGAAACUUUACAGGCAUGUUCAAUUCCGCAGCUCUGUCGUUGACACUUCAAGGAAAUUCAGGUCGGAAUCAACGCAGUGGUAUUACUGCAAGCUCGAAUAUCUCCACCACUCAAGGUUCAACAAGACUCACGGUUGGUUUUACAGGCGUUGGCGAUCCACCUAGGAGCAGUCGGGAGCGAGAAGGUGGCGAUGCUAAUUCGGCGAGACGAGAGUUCUUAUCGUACUGCUUAUCAUUGAUGCGAGCACACAAUGGAGAGCACAGGGACAGUUUACCAGUGCUGGAUGUUUCUGCUUUGCGACACGUAGCUUACGUGUUCGAUGCUCUUGUUUAUUAUAUGCGUUCGCUUUCGGAACCACAUUCGAGAGGAGAAGCACCAAAAGAUGCAUCGACUUACUCCACUUGGAACGAUCAGGACGAGAACGACAAUGAGGAAGGCGAGGAAGACACUCUGCCAGGAAACACGGCGAUGGAGACGGACUCAGUCGAUUAUCCAGACCUACUGCAAGUCCCGGUUUGCGGAGUAGCAAACAACAGUAAUUCAACUGGAAAAGGGAGAAAACAUCCCUUCCUACAAAGAUCAGAUUCAACUUUGUGCCUCGGUUGUCCACCAAUUGAUCCCUUCGACACAGUCAUGAGUGAAGCAUUACCCUUAGCUGAUCAGCCGCAUUUAUUACAGCCACAUUCGAGGCGUGAGGAUCUUUUUGGCGUUCCAAGACAAUCACCUGUGUCUAGUGCUACUGGUUCUAAUCAAAAUACUCUGGAAGGUCUGCCAACGCGGCUCGGUCUCUCGACACGCAGCGUCGACAAUCAGAAUGUCGUUGCCACCCCAACCUUCAGUCAAAUCAUUCAGGGACCUAGUUCUAGCACAAUGUCCGAAAGUAGACGCAGUUCCUUGCAAACAAGCGAACCUGGUUCUAGCAAAUACACGGAUAAACAAAAAACAAUAAAUCCUUCCGGUGACGGACAAUCAUCAAUUGUGACUGAACAAAUCGAUAGGGCUCCAAUCAUCGUAUCUCCGAGUAGUCAAGGUGAAGUUGCAACUGGAAAGGGAAAAGAUAUUUGUAAAAAUGGCAGGAGCGUCAUCGUCAGAGCAGGAACCAUAACGGAUCCAAAUGUAAAUAAAGUCGGAGCACCAGAAGUUCUUGUGGUGUCUACCAUGGAAUCUCAAAGUGCAUCAGAAGAGGUUGAUCCUGCGGCAACGAGUCACGAAAUCUCUGCUCACGAGACAGUUGAAACGAGUCCUGUUGAAUCCACCAGAUCUCUAUCAACAAUUGGAUCGAAUAUUUCUCACAACAUUCUUCUCGGACGCUGGAGACUCUCGCUGGACUUGUUCGGAAGAGUAUUCAUGGAGGAUGUAGGUCUGGAGGUUGGGUCCGUUGUCUCAGAAUUGGGAGGUUUUCCUGUGAAAGAAGCAAAGUUCCGUAGAGAUAUGGAAAAACUUAGGAAUUCGCAACAAAAAGACAUAACGCUCUCGAAGGUUGAGCGCGAUAGGACACAGUUGCUUGUACAAACGAUGAAGGAACUGAAUACGCAGUAUAAUCUCUACAACAGAAGAGCUACCAACACUCCACCUUUGGCAGUAAAUCGUGUUAAAGUAACUUUCAAGGAUGAGCCAGGUGAAGGUUCCGGAGUAGCUAGAAGUUUCUACACAGCGAUUGCAGAGGCGUUACUGGCGAAUGAGAAGCUUCCGAAUCUUGAAGCUGCACAGGUUGGGUCGAAAUACACGCAGUAUAAUGUUCUUCAAAAGUUGAAGAGCAGAGGGGAUCGUGAACACAAUCUUAGAAGACAGAAUUCAAGAUCUUCCGGAAAAUGUAGAGAAACAAGAAGACCUCUCUCGUUUGAUGCACGUUCGUUCCAUCCAUCUAGUGCAGUUGAGGGUGCAAGUGGAUCCAGUACUGGUAGUUCAACUGCAAAUUCUCACUCUACACCUGCAAUUCAUUUGAACAAUGAUCACCUUACGAUGCAUCAGCAGCAAUUAGGAGAUAGGCUUUAUCCUAAGGUUCACGCUUUGAGACCCACACUCGCAGAAAAAAUCACUGGAAUGUUGCUCGAGCUCUCUCCGGCGCAAUUAUUAAUGUUACUCGCGUCGGAGGAAGCUCUCAGGCAAAAAGUCGAUGAAGCGUUUGAGCUGAUUCACAGUCACAAUCAAGACUUAGCAAGCGAGGCGCUCCUUGACCUUGACGUUUUUAGUUUAACCGAACGCUGUGGAAGUAGCAAAAAGAAAAGCAUGGAGAGUAUAUUCUUAGAUGAUACGGAGGAUAAUGCACCUCUUUUUUAUUCCCCUGGAAAGAGGGGAUUUUAUACGCCUCGGCAAGGUAGAGCCAGCUAUGAGCGACUGAAUGCAUUCAGAAAUGUAGGAAGACUCAUCGGAUUAUGUCUUUUACAAAACGAAUUAUGUCCAAUAUUCCUAAAUCGACAUGUAAUCAAAUAUAUAUUGGCCAGACCUAUACGGUUCCAUGAUCUUGCAUUUUUUGACUGCGUCAUUUUCGAAAGUCUGAGGCAAUUAGUGAUUGAUGCGGAGACUAAGGACAGUAACAGUUUAUUCUCAGCACUAGAACUUACAUUCAGUAUUGAUCUGUGUCCUGAGGAAGGAGGGGGUUCAAUUGAGCUCGUAACUAAUGGCAGAGACAUUGAAGUGACCGCGAGUAAUGUGUACGAUUAUGUACGUAAAUAUGCGGAAAUACGUAUGCUUAAAGUACAGGAGAAAGCACUCGAGGCGAUGAGGGAAGGCGUUUUUGACGUUCUGCCAGAUGGAGCGUUAGACGGUUUAACUUCGGAAGAUCUGAGACUUCUUUUAAACGGGGUUGGUGAUAUUAAUGUCUCCGUUCUAAUUUCUUACACUUCAUUCAACGACGAAUCCGGCGAAUCUACUGAGCGUCUCGUCAAAUUCAAACGGUGGCUUUGGUCUAUCGUUGAGAAAAUGUCACAUGUCGAGCGACAGGAUCUGGUAUACUUCUGGACUGGAUCUCCUGCUUUGCCUGCGAGUGAGGAUGGUUUUCAGCCAAUGCCAAGUGUAACAAUUCGACCUGCCGAUGACGCCCACUUACCAACUGCAAAUACUUGCAUCUCCCGACUCUACGUUCCACUGUACAGCUCACGUCACGUGCUACGCCACAAAUUGCUACUCGCUAUAAAGACAAAGAACUUUGGAUUCGUAUGAACAUGCGUUCUCUGUACACCUGCGACACUCCUCAAAGGAAACCGCAUUAAUUAUUAUAACAUAUAUAAAAAAAAAGCAAAAUAAGUUGUUAUUUUUUCUUUUUGCUCCUAGAAAAAUUUAUAACAUUUAUAAAUUUGUAAGGUGUAAUUUUUUCCCGAUCAAGAAAAUUGGUCUUCGUCUUGAUAAGGUUUUAUGUUAAUGUGUCAUAUUUAGCCUUUAUAGGGACGAAUAAAACUUUCUCAACUUUUAGACUACUGCGAACAAUCGAGUGUCUCAAUAUUUCACCAAAAAGUAGGGGGACUACUUUCUGGUUUUAACCGAUUUUAAGUAAACUUUGUAAAUGUUCAGUCAUCGAUACGAAAUUUCGAUUGUCUGGAAUAUCGAAUCACAACUGAAAAUUGUAGGAAACGUACAACUGACAUAAGGACAGUUGUUAAUUAUUAGAAACAGUAAUAAAAAAUACAUUAAUAAAAGCAAAA